AGCCGGGCGGCGGGGGGUGGGGUUGCGGGCGGAGGAGAGAAGGAGGGAGGGUGAGGGAGCACCCAGGGUGCCCAGCACCCAGGAGUACAGGGGGGUCCGCCCACAACUUCCCGGGAAAUCUCUGAUAGCCUCGUCUGCCGUUCUCUGCCCUCCCCACGAAGUUAAAGGGAAGAGCCGAGGAUGGUGGAAAACUCUCCGGCCCCGUUGCCAGAAAGGGCAAUAUAUGGAUUUGCGCUUUUUUUAGGAUCGUGGUUUGGCUUCAUUUUGUACCUUAUCUGGGCUUAUAUUCCUGAGACUUGGCUGUUCUCCUUGGGACUGACAUACUGGCCUCAAAAAUACUGGGCAGUUGCUUUGCCAGUUUACCUCCUGGUGGCUGUGGGAAUUGGGUAUAUUUUGCUUUUUGGGAUUAACAUGAUGAGCACAGCUCCACUCAACUCCACUCACACCGUCACAGAUAACUACGCAAAAAAGCAGCAGCAGAAGAAAUUCCAAGAGGAGGCAAUUCCAGCACUGAGGGAUAUUCCCAUCAGUGAAGUCAACAGGAUGUUCUUCCUCCCUGAGAAAGGGAUCUGCAAUAGCAGAUAGUUGUUCUGAAAAUCUGGUUGAACAAAGGAUUAAUCAAAGUGUUACAGGAGGACAGUUAAAACCUCUCCAAGCUAAAAACCCCCAACUCUUGUAGCUUUUUUUCCCCCCUGAAUUUCUAAUUAAAUUGAUAUGACCACAUUUUAUUCUCGUGCACUUUUAGUAAGGUGUGUAAUAAAGUAUAUUAAUAUAAUAUAAAAGAAUAAUAAUAAUAACAAAUAUAUUUAGUAAUAAUUAUUAUGCACCUGCAUUGCUAUGAGAAUUAUGUCCUAAUAAUUUAUCUGGUCAUUCUUGUGGGUUUAAAAGUGUUCUGCUACUUUCUGCUUGGAAUUCCCCUCUGAGAGGGAAAGAAGCAGCUUUUGGACAGAGUUUAAUUCUAUUUCCCUUUGAAUUCAGGGAGAGAAAAUGUGCCAGUCAAACACUUGAUGAUCUUUUUUUGUUAUUAACUGGAAGCGUGUGCAUUGUAUAUACACUGUUUUCCUUUGUAAAUAUUAAUAAAAUGUGGCUAAUUUUGCCAUGUUCACCAUU